AUGAGUAAAGAAUUACGAAAUUCCUGCUCUACUUCGGAUAACGAAAAGCCAGAGUCUCUGUACGCCAUCAACGAAAACAAGGUAGACAGAAACAGGCCCGAAACGUUCUUGAACAGCGAUGACGUCGAAAAAGUCACAGAGUCCGAGAUUUAUCCGCAGAAGCGGCUGUUCAGCUUUCUGCAUACCAAGAAGAUACCGCCGAUCCCCACGGAUGAGGAACGCGGCGUCUAUCCGCUGUUCCGUACAAACUGGCUCUACCGCCUCUUUUUCUGGUGGGUGUUCCCGAUCCUGCGCGUCGGAUACAAGCGCACGUUACAGCCCAACGACCUGUGGAAAAUGGACGACCGCAUGUCUAUCGAAACGCUGUCCUCUGAUUUUACGCGGUACUUUGACGUCUAUGUCGAGAAGACGCGCGCGCGGUACCGCAAGAAGAACCCUCAUGCAACAGAAGAAGAGGUCAUCGACAACGCAGUGCUACCCAAACACACACUCGUCAAAGUGCUACUGUUUACGUUUAAGUGGCAGUAUUUCAUGGCGUUUGCGGCAAUGACGCUGUCCAACGGGGCAUCUGCAUUUUUACCCAUGGUCACCAAGCGCCUUAUCGACUUUGUGAGCGAUAAGACGUAUAAUCCUGAACUUCGCGUAAACGCUGGCGUUGGCUAUGCGAUUGGAAGUUGUGUGAUGAUGCUCAUCAACGGCGUCGCUUUCAGCCAUUUUCUUCACAACUCGCAGUUGACAGGUGUACAAGUAAGGACAGUUUUGACAAAAGCAAUUCUAACCAAAUCCAUGAGACUAUCCGGCUCUUCAAGGCACCGCUUUCCAAACGGUAAGAUUACUUCCAUCAUGUCUACAGACUUGUCACGGCUCGAGCGAGCUGUCGUUUAUCAACCUCUGUUGGGCUCCUUUUUCGUGGCCGUUGCUAUUUGCGUCGUUUUAUUAAUCAUCAACCUUGGACCCAUUGCCUUGGUCGGUAUUGGCAUUUUCAUCGUGGCGACAUGCCUUUCCGCUUACGCUUUCAAGCGAAUGAUUUCUGUCAGGAAGAAAACUAAUCUGUUCACAGAUGUGCGCGUGACAUUAAUGCGCGAGGUACUGAAUAAUAUGAAAAUGAUCAAGUUCUAUGCUUGGGAAGACGCGUACGAGAUAAGCGUUCAUGAGCAAAGAUCGAAGGAAAUCGUCAAAACAAGAUCCAUGCAAUUCACACGUAAUUUUGUCACUGCGUUGGCCGUUUGUUUGGCAAACAUUGCUUCCAUGGUUACAUUUCUAGCUCUUUACAAAGUUAAGAAUCACGGUAGAACACCCGCGAAUGUGUUUUCGUCUUUGUCGCUUUUCCAAGUCUUGAGUAUUCAGAUGUUUUUUAUCCCAAUGGCGCUAAGUACUGCUGUUGAUGGUUAUAUUGCCCUCAAUCGUUCUCAAGAACUUCUGGAUGCUGCCGAAGAAAACUGCGAUAUUGAAAAGGGUUUCCGUCCCUGUGACGAUAAAAAUUUGGCCCUUAAGGUGGUCAACUGUUCUUUUGAGUGGCGGAAUGUUAAAGCUGAAGAGGUCAGGCCAUCUGCAGAGGGGAAACCUGAAGGCCAAAACCAGGAAUGGAAAACCAAAGAACUCUCAGAGCCAGAAGAAGAGUCUGCUCAUAUCAGAAACGGGACUAUGAGUGACACAGAAGACGAAUCUUUUAAAGGUUUUCACAAUUUAAAUUUCGAAAUUGGAAAAGGCGAAUUGAUUAUCAUCACAGGGCCUAUCGGAACAGGCAAAUCGUCCCUAUUAAGUGCGUUGGCUGGCUUUAUGAGGAAGAUUGAAGGCGAUGUCUUCAAAAGCGGAUCCUUACUCCUGUGUGGGUAUCCAUGGAUACAAAAUGCCACGGUCAGAGAUAACAUUAUAUUUGGUUCGCCCUACGAUGAGGCCAAAUUUAAAGAAGUGAUUAGAGUUUGCUCUUUGCAGGCCGAUCUGGACAUGCUGCCUGCGCAUGAUAAGACCGAAAUAGGUGAAAGAGGUAUUACGUUAUCCGGAGGUCAAAAAGCACGUAUAAACUUGGCAAGGAGCGUUUACAAGUCGGUUGACACUUAUUUAUUUGAUGAUGUUCUGAGUGCUGUUGAUGCCAGAGUUGGUAAGCAUAUCAUGGAUGAAUGUAUGCUAGGCAGACUUAGAGAAAAAACGAUAAUUUUGGCCACUCACCAGCUGAGCCUGAUCGAUAGAGCCUCCAGAGUUAUUUUCUUAGGGACCGAUGGAUCGUUUGACAUUGGUACUUUUACCGAGUUGAAAAAGAGAAACACGGGAUUCAAUAAACUCAUGGAGUUUGCAAGCAAGUCUUCCGAUAAGGAGAAAGAUGAAUUGGAUAGCACUCAAGCUUCUGGAGAUGACGUCAGCACUGCUGAAGAAUUAGAACGUUUUAGAGACGAUGAGCGGCAGCGCGAAAUGGUUGCCUCUCGCUUGAAAAAAGAAUUGAGCAAGAGGUCAUAUGAAAGUGGUGGAGAAGACAAGGAAGCCGCCGGUCGCUUGAUGGCCAGGGAAGAAAGGGCUGUCAACAGCAUCGAUUUCGAUGUUUACAAAAACUAUAUUUCUGCUGGUAUUGGCAACAAGGGUUUCGUUUGUCUACCUUUCUAUCUGAUUUUACUGACGGUGUCUACUUUUUCGUUGUUGUUUUCAUCUGUGUGGUUAUCUUUUUGGACUGAGGACAAGUUUAAACGUCAGGCCGGGUUUUACAUUGGCAUGUACGUCUUUUUCGUUUUUUUCAAUUACUUUUGCACUACUGGCCAGUUCACUUUGUUGUGCUACCUUGGUUUGACUGCCUCUAAGAUGCUGAACCUUAAAGCGGUAAAAAGAAUAUUGCACACGUCCAUGAGUUUUAUCGAUACUACACCCAUUGGGCGUGUCCUUAACCGUUUCACAAAAGAUACGGAUACGCUUGACACGGACCUCACCGAAAGUGUUCGUUUGUUUCUUUAUCAAACGGCCAACAUCACUGGCGUGGUGAUCAUGUGUAUCAUUUACUUGCCAUGGUUUGCCAUUGCCGUUCCAUUUUUGAUCAUCAUUUUUGCAUUGGUAGCUAAUCACUAUCAAAGCUCGAGCAGGGAGAUCAAGCGCUUGGAAGCCAUACAAAGAUCACAUGUCUUCAACAACUUUAAUGAGGUGUUGAGCGGCAUAGAUACCAUUCGCGCGUACAGAGGCCAAGACCGAUUUUUGAUGAAGAAUGAUUAUUUGACCAACAAGAUGAACGAAGCCGGGUACUUGGUCGUAGCGGUUCAAAGAUGGGUGUCGAUUGCCAUCAACAUGAUUGCCAUGGCUUUUGCGCUGAUCGUCGCGCUGUUGUGUGUGACCAGGCAGUUCCACAUCUCUCCCUCUUCGGUCGGUGUCUUGCUGACGUACGUCCUGCAGUUACCGGGCCUUUUGAACACACUCAUGCGAGCUAUGACUCAAGGUGAGAAUGACAUGAACAGUGCGGAAAGAAUGAUUUCAUAUGCGACGGCACUCCCGCUCGAGGCCAACUACCGUAAACCUGAGAUGACGCCCGUAGAGCCUUGGCCCAGCCAAGGAGAGAUCGUCUUUAACGACGUGAGUCUUGCGUACCGUCGAGGUCUACCGCUCGUACUCAAAAACGUCAGUAUCGACAUAGGAGGCGGCGAAAAGGUCGGUAUUUGCGGGCGCACGGGUGCUGGCAAGUCCACGAUUAUGACUGCUCUGUAUCGUAUCUGUGAGCUGCAUUCGGGCAGCAUCACAAUCGACGGCGUCGACAUCUCCAAGAUUGGUCUGUUCGACCUGCGCAGCAAGCUGUCGAUCAUUCCACAGGACCCCGUGCUAUUCAAAGGUUCGAUCCGAAGAAACCUGGAUCCCUUCAACGAGAGAACCGAUGAACAGUUGUGGAACGCUCUCGUUCGGAGUGGCGCGGUCGAUGCAUCGGAGAUAGAGGAGAUGAAGGCGGAAUCUCUGGGGACCUCUGGCGCGCACGCAAACGUAAACAAGUUCCAUUUGAGCCAGGAAGUCGAAGACGACGGCUCGAAUUUCUCUCUGGGCGAAAGGCAACUGCUGGCAUUGGCACGUGCGCUGGUACGCCAGAGCAAGAUCAUCAUAUUGGACGAGGCCACUUCCUCUGUCGAUUACGAAACCGACGCCAAGAUCCAGACCAAGAUUGUCCAGGAAUUCUCGAGCUGCACGAUUCUGUGCGUUGCGCACCGUCUGAACACGAUUCUGGACUACGACCGGAUCCUGGUGCUCGAACAGGGGAGCGUCGCUGAGUUCGACACUCCCAAGGCGCUAUUCCGCGCUGGCGGCAUUUUCACAGAGAUGUGCCAGCGGUCCAGCAUCACGAGCGCGGACUUCAAGUAG